AAAAGAGUUAACCAUGCUAUUGAGAAGUUAAAUGUUCCAUCUACACUGACAAAUCGAUCCUAUCAUAGAUUAUCAAAUUCAUCACCUCAAAAAGUUAUCUCAAUAUUGAAACUCCCACCUCCUGCAGCUUUAAUUUAA